CCUGAAACCACUUUUCACUGUGUUUCUAAUGACAUCACAGUUCUCCUAGGCAUCACUCAUGACCUCACAAUAUUUCCUUUAUGUUGACAGCAUGACCCAGGAUCCAGACUGAGGCUUUUGGACAAGCCCAUGUCAGUCUUGCACAGCAUUUCGAAAGCAAACACCUCUUUAAUUGAUCAGAAUUGAUCCUUUUUGUAAAAAUUCCAAUGGGAUCCAAUCAAAGCACCGCCCGACCACGGAAACAGGAGGACCGUCCUCGGAGAAUGGCCUGGGUCGCAGAUGAGAAGAAAACAUCUCUCAGAAAGAAACUGGCCAGCAAUUUUAGUGCCUUUCACUUGUUUUGUUGCACUGCUAAAACAAGGGUGAAAAAAUUUAACCCCCCUCAGAAUGAUUAUGAUUUUCCUAAAGGUCCUUCAAAGACAAGGCCCCUCAAGCCCAUCCUCCCUGAAGAGAGGCUUAAAGAGAGCUUGGCCUUGAUGAAGGAUCCUGUACUGGUAGAGAUCCUUGUCUCCCAGAAAACAGUCCUAAAGAAAAGAAUGGACAGGUUAGUCAUUGACCAUGAUGGCGACACCAAAGACAAUGAGACACCUCUGACUGCUGCUCAAAAACUUAAACUCAAAUGCGCAGAGCAGAAGAAAAUGUCAUUCAAGCUUCCUGCCAUGCGCAAGAAAAGAAACCCAGUGCAGGCGGCUCCUUAUCGGUUGGACAUGGAGAAUGAUAAGCUGGACAGGACAGCUAAUCAACCUCUACUGGUCCUCUAUCGCCGGGGCCUGUUAAGCAGAAUAGCGAUGUCAAACCUAUUCUACAAAGGAUUGCAGCCUGACUGGCAGCCACCUGCAGUGGUGGCCUCCAAGGAGGAAAAACCUGUCGAUCAGAAUCCAUCACUGGAGGAUACUGAGGCAGCUGGAGAUUUCAGCGAUGAGCAGCCUGACGUUACAGAUACUGAUAGUCUGAGUCUCGUCAGCUGUGACUCACAUGACUUUGUUUAA